ACUCAGUUUUCUCGUAACAAAAAAACUACUGUGAAUGGUAGAAGGAAGAUGUCGAAGGCGGAGGUGAAAGGCGUGGUUCCAGAAUCUGUAUUGAAGAAGCAGAAGAGGAGCGAGGAGUGGGCCCUUGCCAAAACCCAACAACUCCAAGCCGCUAAGAAAACCAGCUUCCAAACUCGCAAGUUGAUUUUUAACAGAGCCAAACACUACUCUAAGGAAUACGCUCAGCAGGAAAAGGAGCUAAUUAGGUUGAAGCGCGAGGCCAAGCUUAAAGGAGGCUUUUAUGUCGAUCCUGAAGCUAAACUCUUAUUCAUCAUCAGGAUCCGUGGUAUCAAUGCUGUGCACCCUAAGACAAGGAAGAUUUUGCAGCUCUUGUGGUUGAGGCAGCCGUAUUUCAAGUUCUUUUGGCUUCAGAUCUUUAAUGGUGUAUUCCUCAAGGUUAACAAAGCAACCAUGAAUAUGCUGCACAGGAUAGAGUCGUAUGUUACAUACGGGUAUCCCAAUCUGAAGAGUGUUAGAGAAUUAAUUUACAAGAGAGGCUAUGAAAAAUUUGAUAGGCAGAGAAUUGCUUUGACAGACAACUCCAUCAUUGAACAAACAUUGGGGAAGCACGGAAUUAUAUGCGUUGAAGAUCUGAUCCACGAGAUAAUGACAGUUGGUCCUCACUUCAGAGAAGCAAACAACUUCCUAUGGCCCUUCAAAUUGAAGGCUCCAUUGGGUGGUUUGAAGAAGAAAAGGAAUCAUUAUGUCGAAGGAGGUGACGCAGGUAACAGGGAAGCUUACAUAAAUGAGCUUAUUAGAAGGAUGAAUUAAUUUACUUUUUUGUUAUAUGGUCAUUAGUAUUAUAAAAUCAUUAAGGAUAAGAUGUUAUUUUCAUUCUUCAAGUUUUGGUUUGGAAAGAAUCUUUGUUGUUUUGACUAAUGCUUGAACC